ACUGGUUAUAUAGCUGGUUUGGCGAAACCCAAGAAAAACCCGUACAGAGAGAGAGGAGAGAGAAGAGAGAAGAAGAAGAGAGAAGGAAGGGGACGCAAUAUAAGCGCUGAAAUCGAGGCCCCAAUCAAUCACUCACACUCACUCAUUCCUCUCCCUCCUCUCUCUCUCUCUCUCUCUCUCUCUUGUCCGCAGUAGUAGUGCAGGCUUUUUCAUGAUAAGAGGGUCGUCCGACUCUGAAGGUGUAGCGAAUUCACGACCUGACGUCACCGGCUGCUUUUGCCGCUCUUGCCGGCCAUUCGCGUGCCCUUGUUUCUCGCUCACUGUCAGAUCUCUCUCUUUCUCUCCUAGUCGUCUAGUCUCUUCUCUGUUUCUCUCUAGGUUGGGAUUUUUUUUUUUUUUUGGUUUCUCUCUCUAGGCCUCUAGGGUUGCUCAACUCUCUGCCUUGGAGUUUGAGUCGUCGUCCCCCCCAGCCUUUUUCAUUCUCUCUCUCUCACAGUCGCAUUUAAUUUAGUUAGAGGAAUAUAAUUAAAUUUAUUUUCUUUUUUCUUUUCUCUCGGUUUUUAUUAUCCCAACGUCUUAGUGGAGGAGGAAAUGCGUCGAAGACGAAGCUCGGGUCUCAGGUGGAGGAGUUAAGCACAAACGUAAGUCUCUCUCUCUCUCUCUCUCCUGGUCGCCAUUGAUAUAUUCCAAGCUUGUUCGUACUUGUUUAGCUGUACACCUGCUGGUUCAUACCUGAAACAGGAAGAUACAUUAUGAAGAGUUUCGGUUUGAAGCAAUGGACAGUGGUAUUUGCUCAUGGAAAUGAAGGAGAGGCAGCGUUGGAGACCUGAAGAGGAUGCAUUGUUGCGUGCAUAUGUGAAACAAUAUGGACCAAGGGAGUGGAGCCUUGUAUCACAGCGCAUGAACACACCCCUAAACAGGGACGCCAAAUCUUGCUUAGAAAGGUGGAAGAAUUAUCUAAAACCAGGCAUCAAGAAAGGAUCUCUUACUGAAGAGGAACAGCGUCUUGUCAUUUGCCUUCAAGAGAAACAUGGUAAUAAAUGGAAGAAAAUCGCUGCUGAGGUCCCUGGUCGUACUGCUAAAAGAUUAGGCAAGUGGUGGGAAGUGUUCAAAGAGAAGCAGCAGAGAGAACAGAAGAACAACAAGACAGUUGUUCAGCCUAUUGAGGAGGGCAAGUACGAUAGGAUUCUUGAAACUUUUGCUGAGAAGCUAGUGAAGGAGCGUCCAGCCCCAGCUUAUCUCAUGGCCACUUCCAAUGGGGCCUUUCUUCACAACGAAGUGUCUCCAGCGCCAUCGAUGCUUCCUCCUUGGCUUUCAAAUUCAAAUGUUACCUCACAUGUCAGGCCACCAUCUCCUUCUGUUACCUUAAGUCUGUCCCCUACAGUUGCACCCUCUCGAGCCUCUCCUCCAAUCCCCUGGCUGCAGCCUGAUAGAGGACCUGAAAACAGUAGUUUUGUAUUGAGCAAUCUGCCUCCUCCUGGUUCAGUCCCUUGUGGAGAAAAUUUCGUGAUAUCUGAGUUGGUGGAGUGCUCGAGAGAGUUGGAGGAAGUGCAUCAUGCUUGGGCAGCACAUAAAAAGGAAGCCUCCUGGAGGUUAAGAAGGGUAGAGUUGCAACUGGAAUCGGAGAAGGCUUGUCGGAAGAGGGAGAAAAUGGAUGAGAUUGAGGCGAAGAUGAAGGCUCUAAGGGAAGAGCAGAAGGCUGCUCUGGAUAGGAUCGAAGCAGAAUACAGGGAACAAAUAGCUGGACUAAGGAGAGAUGCCGAAUUGAAGGAGCAAAAGUUGGCUGAUCAAUGGUCUGCAAAGCAUAUGCGUCUCACUAAAUUUCUUGAGCAGAUGGGCGGCAGACCCAGGCUUGCUGAGCCUAAUGGCCGGUGAGAAAUGCAUGGUCAUAACUCGUUCUAGAUUGUGUGAGGUCUGAAUUUCUGGUUUAAUUUUCAUCUCAUGUGUAUUCUCUUCUGAAAUGCUCUCAUAGGUUCCUAAUUACGUCUACUUUCUGCGUAUUGCCUGGACUCAUGAAUAUAAGGUAGUAUUAACUUACAUUAUUUCUCC